UGUCUCCUCCGUCCCCCGCAGGUGAUUGUGGAGAAAGCCCCCAAAGCCCGGAUAGGAGACCUGGACAAGAAGAAAUACCUGGUCCCAUCAGACCUCACCGUCGGACAGUUCUACUUCCUGAUCCGGAAGCGAAUCCACCUAAGGGCCGAGGACGCCUUGUUCUUCUUUGUCAACAACGUCAUCCCCCCAACCAGCGCCACCAUGGGCCAGCUGUACCAG